AUGCCGCACACCUAAACCUCUUCUGCCCUUUUGAUGGCGUGUCGUGUCUGCUAAGGUGCAGAAAGAGACCCCCUUCCAUUGUAUCGCAGGCGUCUACGUAGCUUUUGGAGGCUGUCUGCAUGCGUCUCCACAAUAUCUGUAGAUUUUGGAGGCUAAACGCUACUAUAAAACCCUCUGCCCGCCACCUCAUGCCUCUUCUUUUUGUAGGUUGGAGGAAGGAUCGAUGGGGAGGUCACCAUGCUGCGAUGAGGUGGGGCUGAAGAGGGGUCCAUGGACGCCGGAGGAGGACAAGAAGCUGAGGGACUACGUCCAGAAGAACGGCCACGGGAGCUGGCGGCGGCUCCCUAUGCUCGCCGGCCUCAACCGCUGCGGUAAGAGCUGCAGGCUCCGGUGGAUCAACUACCUGCGCCCCGACAUCAAGAGAGGGAACUUCACGGAGGAAGAGGAGAGUCUCAUCAUCGACCUCCACUCCCUCCACGGAAACAAGUGGUCCACCAUCGCCGCCAGCUUGCCGGGGAGGACCGAUAACGAGAUCAAGAACUACUGGAACACCCACCUGAGGAAGAAGCUGCUGCGGAUGGGCAUCGACCCCGUGACGCACCAGCCCAGAACCGACCUCCGUGUGCUCCCCGGCCUGCCCGAGUUGCUGGCGGCGGCCAACUUGGCCGGUGGAUUCACGAGCAGCCUAAACGAUCCCCUGCACCUGCAAGCAGAUGCUGCGCACCUGAUCAAGUUGCAUUUGGUGCAGAAUCUUGUCCAGGUGCUGACCAGCAAUCCCACUCCAAAUCUGAACCAGAUCAUGGGUCCGUUCGGAUCAGGCUUCCUGAGGAACUACCGACUCGACGAUGUCGACGUGCCUUCCAGCCGCCAGCUGGAGAGCCUUCUUCGUCAUCUUCCUCAUGGUUGGCUGUUGCAGAGCACAGCGCCGAUGGCCUCGAGCCUUUCGACUCAGGGCUGGCAGAGGUUCGUCGACAGCCUUCAUCGUUCGACGCGUGAGUCCAGCCGUUCUGUGGACGCCGGAGACCAAACAGCUGCAGCAGCAACAGAAGACGUAAGCUCUGUUAACGAAGGUUGUCUCCCAACCUCGGAUUCUACGCCUCCAUUUCUUUCGUCAUCUCCAGUAAACAUGAACAAAGGUGAAGCGAUCACCAUCGAUGGAUCCAUCAACGCACCCUUGGAGGCAUGGGACGCGAAUCUGGAUGAUCAAGACGAUCUUGGCUACUGGAAAGAAAUCUUGGACCAAAUCUCAUCAUGGCCCAACACACCAUAGAAGUCAAUUUGCUGAUGGAAAAAGGAGUGUGGAUUGAUUUGUGAGGUAGAAACAUUAUGCCAGCAUGUUGUUACGAUUAUUUCCAUGUCGAGACUUGAGAUGGUUUCAUGUGCACAUAAUAAAUAAUACAUUUAAAGGAAUA